AGCUGGUGACUCCAACGCUCACUCAGGAGGCGGCAGGUGACCCCGACGCGGCUGCUCGCUCCUCCACGUCCCUCAGCGUCCGUCCAGGGCCAUGCUAGCGACGCGGCGAUAGUGCUGGUAGUGUUAGUGUUAGUGCAGUGCCGUGCGUUGUGUAGUGCGGCGGGAGGUGUUUGGAGUGCUUUAAAAACAGUGUGAGGAGGAGGAUUAACAGCAAGAGGGAUUCGUAUAUAGAAGAGGACGCCAACACCACCACCAACACCACCACCACCGCUGCUCCCCCCCCCUCCCCCCUCACCACCACCAGCACCACCUCCCCCCUAGGACCGCAAGGUGGACGCGCCGAAGGGGACGCCGCUGCCCACGCCAGCAUGAGUGAGGUGUGGGAGCUGAACACCAUGGAUCGCCGAUAUUCCAUCCCGCCCUCCACAAUCUCAGAGCCGCGCCCGCCACCCCAUUCCCGCCCGCCAGCCGGCAGCACCCUCCCCUCCACCUGCGAUGACCUCCACGCCUGGUCCAUCUACCGCCAAAACCUCAACUCGGACUUCACGGAUUCGGCGCUCGGCUCGCAGGAGAAGGCGCCGCUGCCCUACGGGAACUUCCAGCUCAGGGAGUCCACUGUGCACUCCAUCCUCAACAACCCAAGGUAUGGUCCAAAGAGCGAACUUGGGACCAACAUGUUCACCUACCUCAAAUUUGGCCUCCCCCGCGUCUUCCCCCCUACGGCGCAUGGGCGGGACGGGAGCAGUGGCUACGACUCCAGCGACGACGGCGGGGGCGGGGGGCGCGGGCGAGGGGGGGCGGCCUCCCCUAUAGGGCGCGGGGACAGGUACACGCGCAGCAAAAGUAACCCGGACCUGCUCGCGGCGAGGGAUUGGAACCCACCCGCCGCGCCCUCCCGUGAAGUGCGCACCAAGAGCUCCAGCGAGGCCAACCUGCUCUCCGCCGACACCUACUACAGGGAGCGGCGGGGGGGCGCGGCAGGAGGGGCGGCCAGCAGGUUAGGGGGCUCGCAAGUCUCGCUCACCUCCAAGUUGUCGCGGCGGUCCAGGCAACACGGCGCGAUCUUCAACCAGAACCAUGACGGGGGGCCACACAGGGACCCGCCCAUGCUCAACGACAAGCUCUUCCCCCGCGACAACCCAUGGGCGGAGGAGAUAGGUGGCAUGGGCGGGAAGGGGCCACAUCUGCAAGUCCGGGGGCUGGUGUAUGAGACGCGAGGUAGUGGCGGACGAACGCACCUUCUGGACGGUAUCUCGCUGGAGGCUCGAGGCGGGGAGGUCCUGGCGGUGCUGGCGACGAGCGAGGCUGAGGGCUCGUGUCUCCUGGACGUGCUUGCGAACAGACACGCCCGCUGGAGAGGACGCCUGCAGGGGGACUUCAUACUCAACGGGAACCACACCUCUCCGGCUAAGGUGGCGGCGCGCUCGUCCUACGUACAGCAAGACGUCAACUUUUGUCCUGAUAUGAGUGUGCGUCAGACCUUGCUGCUGCACUCCUUCUUCCGCUCCUCCGGCGACGUGACGCGUGUGAGGGAGGUGAAGGCAAGGAUCAACGGCCUCAUCAACGACCUCGGCCUUGAGCAGGUUCGUCACACGCGCGUCAAGGACCUCACCCUCAGCGAACGGCGGCGCCUCAACGUAGCGUGCCACCUCCUCCUCGAGACGGACGUGGUUCUUCUCGAUCAGCCCACCCGCGGCAUGGACAUCUUCGACACGUUCUUCCUCGUCGAGUACCUGAGGCAGUGGGCGUGUCGCGGCAGGAUAGUGAUCCUGACCAUCCAGCCUCCCACGUACGAAAUCUUCACCAUGAUCUCCCGCGUGGCGCUCAUCUCCACGGGCCGCCUCAUGUACUUCGGCAGGCGGCGGGAGAUGCUGCCCUACUUCGCCUUCAUAGAGUACCCGUGCCCCGCCUACAAGAACCCCUCAGACUACUACCUUGACCUCGUGACCCUGGAUGACCUGAGCGCGGAGGCCAUGUUGGAGUCAUCGCAGCGAGUGGAGAUGCUCGCCGACACGUUCAGGAGGCGGCAGGAGGCCCUCAGUGACCCCGGCCCUCCGCUGCCCCUCCCGCCGAAGGUCCGGAAGGAGAACCUGUGUCUGCAGCUCCUCGGUCUCUGGAUCCGCGCCAUGAUCUACCAGUUCCCUUACAACAUGAUGAACUGGCUGGCGGUGACGCUGGUGGCUGGGAUAAUGUCCGUGGUGGUGGGCGCCGUGUACUGGGACGUGCGCUCCGGCCUUCUUCAGCAGCAGGACAACGUCAACAACCGGGCCACCUUCCACUAUGUCAUGGCAAGCCUCGCCCUCUGGCCCGUUCUGCUCAUGGCGAUAUCCGAGGUGUGGCGCGACAAGCCGGCGGUGGCGAGGGAUGUGGCGGACGGUCUCUACUCCAAGGGCAUCUAUAUACUGACGAAGAUCUGCUACAGCUUCCUGGCGGCGGGCGGGACCUUCCUCGCCUACAUCCUGCCAGCGUACUCCAUGGCGGGCUUCCCCACGGCCGAGCAGUUCUACCUCUACCUGGGCUACAUGCUGCUCUACCUCUACGCCGUCCGCGCCCUCGCCAUCGCCGCCGCCUGCGUGUUCGACUCCCGCCACGCCGCCGCCAUGACCACCGGCUUCCUCCUGACGGUGGCAACGCUUGGGUCUGGGCUCACGCUCCACCCCUUGGACGUGUCGCUGUGGGCGUGGCCGACUCUGUGGUGGUCGCCCGUUCGGUGGGUGUUGCACGAGGUUGAGCGGCAGGAGUUCCAGGACACCAACGAGUUCGGGUGUGACAGAAAUCCCGUGUUGCAGGACUCGCUCUCCGCCAUACAGAGGAAGGCGCCGUGCGGGGUGGUGAAGGGCUCGGAGGCGCUCCAGUACAUGGGCCUGCAGGAACCCAGCCUCCCCGACGCCUUCUACCCCGCCGUGUUCCUGCUGGCGGCGUACGUGGUGAGCCAGAUCGUCACCAUCAUCGCCUUCGUCGCCAGCAAGAAGCCCAACAGGACCAAGAAGUAUAGGACGGAGUAGCGGGGCGGUGCACGGGGGGGGAGGGGUUGUUGCUGCCUCGUCCCAGCCUCACACGUGUCUCUUGUGACCUGUGGAGCGUGACGAAAGGAAACGGCAAGACAGGAUCGGAUCGUCUUCGUUUUUGUCGCCAGCAGGAAGUCCAACACGAAGAAGGAAUGAAGGAUGGAAUAGCAAGAGAAUCAUUAAGUGGUUGCUGC